GUCCCGUCAUCAAAGAUUGCAUCUCAUCCUACCGCUGUCUCGUCAAACACUUUCGUCGUCCUUUCCAUCUUGCAUUUAGUGCUCGUUUGACCCGGUCGGUUCUUCUGUAAAUUUGCACCUCGUGACCUCUCUCAACAAUGGCCGACAACGUUACCGCUUCCACCUCUUCGACCCUCCCUCCUCCCCCCCAAACCUCUGCUGCUGCUCCCAACCAGCAGUACGAUGCGUCUCAGGGCAAUGGUCAAGCUAAUCCUUCCCACAUGCCGCCGCCUCCCCGCCCGCCUGUGGUGAUUCCUCAGAACACCAACCCCAUCCCGACCGCCAUUACCUCUCCCAUGUCCGGAAACAUGAUGUCCCCGACCAGCGCCGGUGGUUUCGUACGCCGUGCUGCCCCUGAACCAAACAAGAGGGCUUUGUAUGUCGGUGGCCUUGACCCUCGGGUGACCGAGGAUAUUCUGAAGCAGAUCUUUGAGACGACUGGCCAUGUCGUCAGUGUCAAGAUCAUUCCGGAUAAGAACAAGUUCAACAGUAAGGGAUACAACUACGGCUUCGUCGAAUUCGACGACCCGGGCGCCGCGGAGAGGGCCAUGCAGACGCUCAACGGACGUCGCAUCCACCAGUCGGAAAUCCGUGUGAACUGGGCCUACCAGUCUAAUAGCACAAACAAGGAGGAUACCUCCAACCACUUCCACAUUUUCGUCGGAGAUCUGAGCAACGAAGUCAACGAUGAAGUGCUUCUCCAGGCUUUCUCUGCCUUUGGCUCGGUAUCCGAGGCUCGUGUUAUGUGGGAUAUGAAGACUGGCCGGUCCCGUGGCUACGGUUUUGUUGCUUUCCGCGAGCGCUCUGAUGCCGACAAGGCUCUGAGUUCUAUGGAUGGGGAGUGGCUCGGUUCCCGCGCUAUUCGUUGCAACUGGGCCAACCAGAAGGGUCAGCCUUCCAUUUCCCAGCAGCAGGCCAUGGCCGCCAUGGGCAUGACGCCGACCACGGCUUUCGGUCAUCACCAUUUCCCUACCCACGGCAUCCAGAGCUACGACAUGGUCGUUCAGCAAACCCCACAGUGGCAGACCACGUGCUAUGUGGGUAACUUGACCCCUUACACCACGCAGACCGAUCUCGUCCCACUCUUCCAGAACUUCGGCUAUGUGAUUGAGACUCGUCUGCAGGCCGACCGUGGAUUCGCCUUUAUCAAGAUGGACACGCAUGAGAAUGCCGCCAUGGCCAUCUGCCAGUUGAACGGCUACAACGUCAACGGCCGUCCCCUCAAGUGCAGUUGGGGCAAGGACCGUCCUCCCACCGGCCAGUUCGACAACUUCUCUGGUCAGCAAAGCAACUCGGGGUUUAGUUCCACCCCAACCCCGUACUUCCCCCAGUACGGCGGUCCGGGCGCUCCCAUGACCCCUCAAGGCCCUACUCCGACCCAAAGAGGAUGGGACCAGUCCGGAAUGGCAGGCCAAGGUUAUGGCCAGGUCCCUGGUAAUGCUGGCUAUGGCCGUGGUCAAGCCACGCCUACUUCCGGCUGGAACCAGCCCAACAACGCCAACUUUGGAAAUGGUUUCGGCGGCUACCAAGCGUAGCCGUUGAUCUACGAUCCUCGAGACUGCACGCCAGCCAGCACGGACAUUGUGGUAUCGCUGCUGGCAGCCGCAACAGCGACAAGCGGAAGUGUUCUUUUUUCUACCUUCCACCCCUUUUUUAAUCUUCUCACCCGCUGUUCUCUCUUCCUUUCCUUAUUUUCACUUCCUUCUCU